AUGAUUGGUAAUUUAACAGAUUUUUUGGCAUUAGCUAAGAAAGAAAACCCAGAUAUUAUUUUCACUCACUGCUUCAUACACAGAGAAACUCUCGUUGCUAAAUCUUUGAUGCCUGAGCACAAUGAAGUAUUGCAAACUGUUGUCAAAAUGGUAAACUUUAUUAAAAGUAAGCCUUUGAAAUCAAGAUUAUUUAAUUAUUUGUGUUCUACUAUGGAUAGUGAGCAAACCCAGCUUUUGUUUCAUACAGAAGUAAGAUGGCUAUUUCGUGAACGUGUCCUACAAAGAUUUUGUGAACUUAGGAGUUACUGUUGUUUUUUACUUGUGAAGAAUCACAAUAAUAUGCUGAUUUUCUCAGUGAUGAUUCCUGUUGUGCCGAAGUAG